GUUCAUCUGCCAGUUUGACAAGCGGGACGCGGUAGUUCGUAUUAGAAAAAAAAUGACAGUUUAGAAGAGAUUUUGAAACGUGUGUGUCUUUGUAUUGUUUACAUCUUCGGAGAUAGCUCGUGUGUGUUUACUAAUAAAACCUUUCUCUGUGUGGAAAUAUUGUGUGACAAUGUCAUUUUGAUCAAGUUUAUUCGAAGACAACCCGGAUUACUGCCAGGAACGGAGAGUCUGUUCGGGGCGAAAUUUGCUGUGAAGACUCAACGAUGUAUCCCCUACAUUCCCUCUAUGCUGAAUCACCCUAAACAUUCUUCAAACACUGGUAAAAAUUUCGGAACGAAUAUUGGAUUAAUACCCAAAUCUUGUGUAGAACAACCAACUUACAUCAUCAGUCAUUAGUUAUUUGUUUCUUGUCUUCCCACUUCAAAUGACGUAGCCUUAUAUCUAGCCUACGAAGUUUAGAAAAGAAAUGAAAUUCAGCAGGUGACCCAUGAUUUCAAAAGUGUUGCUCAUUUAAUCCACUACUGUGAUGGCCGAUCACUGUGAACUUGUGUCGGAGAUGAAUGUCGUUGAGAAGAUGAGCACUCAGGAGAGGCUGAAGCACGCGAGAAAGAGACGCGUGCAGCAGUUGAAGCGAUGGAAUCAACGCGAGAAAGAAUGGCAGCAGACGAAGAGGAAGAAAGGAGGGGCGGCAACCCCGGACCUCAUUCCAAAGUCCAAAAGUAACAAAUCUUACAAAGUACAUUUUGUGCCAAGCGUCAUGCUUCUGGAAGCAGCGGCUAGGAAUGACGUCGAAGAAGUUCGGAGACUUCUUAUGCUCGGUGUUAGUCCUGACUCGACGAAUGAAGAUGGACUCACGGCUCUGCACCAGUGUUGCAUUGACGACAGCGAGGCGAUGAUGAAACUCCUUCUAGAGUUCGGUGCCAACGUCAACGCCAAGGACAGCGAGCAGUGGACACCGCUUCAUGCAGCAGCUACCUGUGGCCAUAUACACUUAGUGAGGUACCUCAUCUCUAAAGGGGCCGAUCUGCUGGCUGUGAAUGCUGACGGAAACAUGCCGUAUGACAUAUGCGAGGACGAAACCACCUUGGACUAUAUCGAAUCUGAAAUGGCCAAAAAAGGAAUCACGCAAGAAAUGAUUGACGAAACGCGAGCUAUAACAGAACAAGAAAUGCUUGUUGAUUUGAAGUGCAUGUUGGAAGAUGGAGGAGAUAUAGAAUACAGAGAUCAACAAGGAGCUACACCCCUCCACAUAGCUGCAGCUAACGGGUAUGUGACCGUUGUGGAAUUUAUUCUCGAUAACCAUGGCUCUACUAAUGUUUGUGAUAAUGACAUGUGGCAGCCUAUUCAUGCAGCGGCAUGCUGGGGACAUCCUGAUGUUAUUGAAAUGUUGGUCAUGGCUGGGGCAGAUUUAUCAGCGAAAACGAAAAAUGGUGAAACUCCUUUUGACAUUUGUGAAGAUCAGGAUCUGAAAGAAAGAAUCAUGCAACUGAAGAAUGAGAUUGAGACAAAACGUGCUUCACAACCACAAAAAGUGAAACGAUCUCACAGCCAAAACACGAGAAGUCAGUCUGUAAGAAGGACGAGCAUACGAGACAAAACACUGAUAUCUCGUCGAGAGGCGAGAGAAGAGGCAAGAAUCAGACACGAGCAACAAGAACAGAGUGGAACAGACGAGGAGGAAGAAAAACUACAGCAAGACAUGAGGACAACGGAAAAACAAAUUCUCUCCCCCGGUGUUGUUGAUUCCACCAUCCAAGACAUCCCCUGCAAAGAAACCAUUCCAUUCGGAAUGCACAAAAACAAUCGAGACUCCGCAGACGACGAACUCGCAACGCAUUAUGAUCAAAACGAAGACGAUGUGGAAAUGCACACUCAAUAUCUGAACAAUCUGAACGAAAGCAUGAACAAUGAGUUCGCGAAACACGACGAUUCUUGUGAUCAAACCAUCUCGACCCCUGUCAUCCAGCAUGGUCAGCCGGAGUCCGUAAAAGUCGAAAUCCACGUGACUGUUAACACAAACCCUCCCUACCCACCAAACCAUGGCACUUUGGCAGACCUCAAGAAGCACAGAUCGGACAUGCGUACCAGGAGCAGUUUAAUGCUGACCCCUUCUCAGCAGGAGAUAGCGGAAAAGAUGGGCAAGAAGAAUGGACAUGGACACACUUUCAGCACAACCUAUGUGUACGACAGGCCACCGUCGCCCACAAUAUCCUUGCGGCGAUUCUGUAGUGAUCCCUCUGAGGUAGUGGGUGGUGAAGUACCCAAACAAGGUUGCUGUUUGGUGAUGUGAACAAUACCGUGCAUUUGUCUUGCCAUAAUAUUAUCUUUUGUUGUUCUCUUUCUGAUCACAUGUUAUCAUUUUAUACCAAUUUAUUUGAUGAGGUUAAACUAAAUAGAUAGAUUUGACGACAUAUCAUCCAUUCAUAUGUGGUAGAUAUCGGGUCAUUCUCACUGCAUGCGAUUCACGCUCAUCCGAUCACUGGCGAGGGCCAAUGAGAAACAGAUUGAUGAAAUCUAUUCUCUUGCUAAAAACUCGCCAAUCAGUUUCUCCAUUUCUCUUGAUGAUGACUUGAAUCGUAUGCAGCGGGAACGGUCUCUAAGCUACAAUUAAGUGUAUAACUGGCAAGUUGUUUGCCAGCUUAACAAGAAUCUCCUAUAAAAUAACUAUUUAGUGGACAUUUCCCCUUUCAUAUGCCACUAAUAGUUCGAUGGACAACUAAUAGUUCCAUGAGAUGAAGGUGACAAGCAUAAAUAAUAGAAUCUUAUUUAGGAAUGUAAAUUUAUUCGUAGCUUUCCAACAAUUUGUUGUAUUUAACGAGAAGCAUAAUUUUACAUGUAACAAAUUAAAUUUAAACAAAGUUGAAAUUGGGACAAAAACUGCUAAUAUUUCAACAAUUAUAUUCCAUGUUCGAUAGUAUUCUACAAUUCAUUUCGUAUACGUAAUACAUUUAUUCUUAUGAACAAGAACUAUGAAUUUUAUUGUUAAGAAUAGCUCAUAUAAAUAUCAAUUCGUCCAUUAUCUACUAGUUGGAUUUCAUAUCAGAUAUUUCUUUAAUUUGUACAAAAUUUAUAUUCUAUGCAACACUAAUAGCAAAAUUGGCUUUUUUUCGCUUAGAAUAAUGCUACAAAGUGUUUUAUUACUACUUUAGUAACAAAAUUGGUCUAUUUUUCCGAUGAGAAUGAAGUUAAAUAUCAUUUUAUACUACAUUCAUAAAAAAGUUGUCAAUUUUUUUUUCUUUGCUGAGAAUCAUGUUAAAUAUUGUUCUAUGCUAUAUUAGUACGAAAUUUGUCUAUUUUUUUUAUCAGAAGAGUAAUGUUAAACAUCGUACACGAAUGUCAUUUUAUUAAUUAUGUACCAAUUCCAUGUGUGUCUUAAUAGAAUAUUCUAAUUUCAUAAGUCUUGAUUUAAUUCCGUUUGCUAUUUUGGAGAAAAAAAAAGACAACUAUUCCAUUGCUGAGAAGGGCCGAUUUUGAUUUUUUUUGCUUAAAUAAUAAUGUGAAAGCUCUUGAUGAAAAUAUUUUUGUGACUUCAUUUUCUUUACCAAGUUUUUAAAGAAAGAGGACGAUUAUGAAAGAACAAUUUUUUGUUAAAUUUUAGCAGCUUUGAAACCCAAUGAAAGUAGGCUUGUUUAUUACCCGGAAAAGGUAUAAAACAACUGGUAGUAAAAACGCUUUAUUUUUUUAUUUUUAAUUCAGGAGAAGUAAAAAAAAAUCAGUCACUAUUAUUGCUUUCUUAACAGUUAUAGUAUACUCUGACUUGUUAGUAAAUAUGUAUGUUUUUAUAAAGAAAUCAAAGUGUUAGUCAGGAAUUUCUCCUAAAACAACUGUUAACAAUUAAAUGUUCUUACUACCAGCUUUGUAUCUGUCUUUUUUUUUUCGUAAAGUGUUAAAGUGUUUCGUAAAGUUCGUUUGCUCUGUUAAUCAUACAUUUACUGAAACAAUAUACUGAAGAACGAAUCUUAGAGCUUAUUUUUCAAUUAUUUUCAUUUCACUUGGUCAGAUUUUUCUAUCAAAACUUUUUUGUAAAUCAUGGUGAAACAUUGAAGAAAUCCCUUCUUUUAUAUUUAUUAACCUAGAAUAUUUACCGGUAGUAUUGAAAUUCAUUCGCUGCAAUGUUGUAUAAUACAAAUUGAAAUGUUGUUAUAAUGCAUAAUCAGUCGUUGUAAGGAUUUGUUAUUAAAUAUUUUAUUUAAA